AUGCCUGCCCCUCUCUCCCACGACGCGUUUUUCACGUCCCUGUCCGACCUCCUCACCAAAACCUCCCAAAAAUCUCGCGGGUCCGUGACGCUCACCCAAAAGCCUCUCCUUCAUCCCACUCCGGACUCCUCUUCGAAACCCUCUAUUCUCAUUCGUGCCACGGACGGUAACACGAAUGCGCCCAACCCGAAAGCGCACAAAGUCGAGAAGAAGAAGUCAUCCUCCAAAGUGAAGCUGUCAACUGUUGCCGCGCCUGAAGAACUUGAUGCUUUCUACGCUCGCUACGCGGAAGUGUGCAAGGCUGGUAUGACGGGACUGAAGAAGCGGGACCGGAAGAAGGGGAAGGCCAAGGCCAAGGGCGGUGCCGCGAAGGGUGUCAAAGCGUGA